CGACUCCUGCUCUCCUCCUUCUCUCCUCCUCCUGCUCUUGAUCCUCCAGGAUAAAAGCAGCAGCAUCGUCAGCAGCAGCAUCAGCAGCAGGAGAUCAGCAGCGUCCUCCUCCUGCUUAACCUGGAGCUCCGCACCGUGAACUCUCCCGAGUCUGCAGCCGCAGACAGAGCACAGGAGCCCGGUCACACCAGAGGAGGUAGUCAUGCUGGGCAGCAGGAAGAAAGCGGCUCCUGCGAUGAAGAACGGAGGAGCCGGGACGUCCCAGUUAAAGGCCAUCGAUCCUCUGAGGAAUCUCGGAGUUCAGGAGGAUGAAGACGUGAAGAGGAUGUUGCAGGGCUCCAGUAUGGUCAAGGUUCGCUCACCUCGCUGGCAGAAGAGACGGACGCUGAAGCUGCUGGAGGACGGCGUCACCGUCUGGUGUCAGUCCCACAAGACGUCCAGUCGAGCCAAAGAGCAGCAGUCGUUCUCUAUCAUGGAGGUUGAGUGCGUCCGCGAGGGUUUCCACUCGGAGAUGAUGCAGCAGUUGAACGGUUCGGUUCCCGAGGGCCGGUGUCUGACGGUGGUCUUCAAAGGGCCUCGGAAAAGCCUGGAUCUGCUCUGCCAGAGCCAGGAGGAGGCGCAGCAGUGGGCCCGCGGCAUCCGGACGCUGCAAGGGAGAGUGGAGAACAUGACCCAGAAGGAGAAACUCGACCACUGGAUCCAUGCUUACCUGAGUCGGGCCGAUCAGAACCACGACGACAAGAUGAGCUACGACGAAGUCCAGACACUGCUGCAGAUGAUCAACAUUGAUCUGAGCGAUCAAUACGCCCGCAGCCUCUUCCAGAAAUGUGACCGGUCCGCAGACGGCCGACUGGACCACGGAGAGAUUGAGGUUUUCUGCCGGGAGCUGCUACGGCGACCAGAGAUAGAUGCCGUGUUUAUCCGCUACUCUGCAAAUGGCUGCGUGCUUUCCACCGUGGACCUGAGGGACUUCCUGAAGGACCAGGGGGAGGACGCUUCACUCAUCCACGCCCAAAGCCUCAUACUCUCAUACGAACUUAACGAGUGGGCCCAGAAGAACCAGUUCAUGACGCCCAAUGGCUUCACCAUGUACAUGCUGUCCAAGGAGAACUGGGUCUUUAACCCGGAACAUUCUCGUGUUUACCAGGAUAUGAAGCGUCCACUGUCGCACUACUUCAUCUCCUCGUCCCACAACACUUACCUCACGAAGGACCAGCUCACGGGGGAAAGCAGCACCGAGCCAUACAUCCGGGCUCUGAUUCACGGAUGUCGCUGUGUGGAGCUGGACUGCUGGGACGGAGAUAAAGGAGAACCCGUCAUCUACCAUGGACACACACUCACCUCCAAAGUACCGUUCAUCCAGGUCAUUAAGACGAUCAAUGAGUACGCUUUUAAAGCGUCUCCAUUCCCUCUGAUCCUGUCCCUGGAGAACCACUGCUCUAUAGAGCAGCAGGUGGUGAUGGCCCAACACUUGCGAUCCAUCCUGGGUGACAAGCUUCUCACCAAACCGCUGAGAGAUCGGGAUUCUCAGAGCCUGCCCUGUCCAGAGGAUCUCAAAGGAAAAAUCCUUGUGAAGGGGAAGAAGGAGCUCACAGUGGGGGACGGCUCAUCCAGCACUUCUGACUUCAGCUCCUCAGAUGAGGAAGCCAGCAAGAGCGAAGGCAAGGCCUGCGCAAAGAGACUGGACAAGAAGACUAGUGGGUCUAAGCUGAGUCCAGAAUUGUCAGACCUGGUCGUCUACACUCGUAGUGUUCAUUUUAAAAGCUUUGAACAAGCUGCCAAGAGCCCAGCUACUGAAAUGUCGUCCUUCUCUGAAAGUGAAGCUCUCAGGCACAUCAAGGACUCAGGGAUGUAUUUUGUGCGUCACAACAGUCACCAGCUCAGCAGGAUCUACCCCUCGGGACAGCGCCUCCAGUCAUCCAACUUCAACCCUCAGGAGAUGUGGAAUUCAGGGUGUCAGAUUGUUGCUUUGAACUUCCAGACUCCAGGUGAGCAGAUGGACCUGAACCAAGGAAGGUUCCUGCAGAAUGGUCAAUGCGGGUACAUCCUCAAACCCCCCUUCCUGUGCCAGCCUGAUACCACUUUCAACCCGGAGAAUGUUGGCGGAGGUCCCGGUCAUGGUCCCUUACUCCUCUCUGUUCGGGUUAUUUCAGCUCAGCAGCUGCCUAAACCAGAAUGGGACAAGCCCAGCUCCAUUGUGGACCCUCAGGUGUGGGUGGAGAUCCAUGGCGCUCCAAUAGACAACAACAAAAAGAAGACUAACCACGUUGACAACAACGGCUUUAAUCCACGAUGGGACUGUACCUUUAACUUCACCGUCCACGUCCCUGACUUGGCUCUGGUUCGCUUCUUGGUGGAAGACCAUGACUACACCUCCAGCAAUGACUUCUUGGGACAAUUCACCCUCCCAUUCACCAGUGUCCGCACAGGUUAUCGUCAUGUCCGACUGCUCAAGUUGGACGGUUCUAACCUCUCGCCUGCUUCACUCUUUGUCCACAUCGCCAUUGGGCCGUGUCAGAGCAGUCCCUGCAAGUCGACAGCAAAAUCCCCGGCCAGGUCUCGAGCCAAGCAGCUGUAGUCGCCUCCCUCUGCCCGGGCAACAAGAAGACACCAUGGAAACCAGGCAAUUUAAGACCCAAACCCAGACUCAGGCCCAGAGGACUUUCUGUAAAACUCAGAGGUUGUAAACUUGUCUCUUGAGUGCUGUAACACCAUCAAAAACCUCUCCAAACCUUUGGGGACAGGAGGAUGGCACAGCAGAGAUUCUGGCCAGUGUUCAGACGGAUAUGCAGCUGGUUUCCAGGCCUUGGUCUCCAGACCUUGGUGGUGAGUAAUCGAGACAUAAUCAUGGAGGGAAAAUCAAGUCUUCAUUAGACAAAAUCUGACAAUCACUUGAAUCUAGGGAUGUCCCCAUCCCCAAGUUAUCGGAUCAGAGCCAGCCGUUACUUUUGCAAUCACCCCGAUCGUUUACACUCCCCUGCGGGUUCUUCGUGUAGCUCAGCUGUGACUGUAGCAGAACUUUAUUUGGUUCAGACUCAAAGUUGUGGACUAUCGUUGAGCAGUUGCACGUUGCUCUAACCCGAGUUUAUAACCAUGUCACACAUCAGUGUUGGUGCAGAAUAUCAACUUUUUUAUGCCCUGGUAUCCACCCACCUUUUCAGCUAACAUCUAGAGAAGCAAUAUUUUCACCUUCUUAGUCACAGUUUAACGACGCGUUGUAAACAACCACGGUCAGUAUGUUUACAUGAAACGAAAACGAAUUAUUGCGCUAGUUUGGCAAAAACGGACAAUAAAGGUUCUUUUGGGGCUACUGCUGAAUCUUAGAACUCGGUGUAACCAAUGGCCGAUAAUUUGACCCACAUAUUUAGUCGUUAAAUUACAUGUAAUUUAGCAGACGCUUUUAUCCAAAGCGACUUACAAUGGAAUUGAGUACAAUCAGCCAGGGGUGGAGUCGAACUUGCGACCAUGAUGUCUUUCGCACACAGGGUACCGGUCUUAACCACUGAGCCACUUCACCCCCCAACUGAUAAAAUAAUAAGACACAAAAAUGUCACUAAACUUUGACCUGGAAAUAACAGAAGAAGAAAAAGAGCAAGAAGAACUUGGAUGAAAUCCAGACCGGUACAUUUUUCAGAGUGAAGAGAAAAGUCUGAAAAGGUUCCAGAAGUUCUUUGAUGUUGCUCAACGUGCUAACACCUAGCUAUCAGCUAAACUGCCCAGUAUUACCAGCCUGAAAGGAGACACAUCGCGUAGUGGAGGCAGACACGCAUACUCUUAUUUCGUCAAGUCCCCACUUAUGCUUGUUUACUGGGAGAAGGAAGUGGAGCUACGAGUGCCGGUUUAGCCCCGCCCUCUUUCUCUGCACCGAGUCUGUUCUUACGCUCUAAACUUCAGUCAGGAGUAUUAUUUAUUUUAAUCUCUGUUAUCUUUCAGAGUAAAUCAGUAUCAGGACUUGUGAGGGGCCAAAAACAAGCCGAUCAUUCCUCUUCAAAGCAGAAAGAAUUUCCUUUUCUUUUUUAUUUAUUUAUUUAUUUAUAUAUUUAUAUGGGUUUACUUUCAGAGCAAGACUGAAUAAUUUAAUGUCAACUCAAUAAUCCAGACUGCAGGUGUCCAUUUAUAAACGUCCACAACCAAAGUCUUGUGCUAGAGUUUGUCCCAUUUCUAACAGACAAGUCAAAAUUUUUUCAUUUAUCUUAUGUUUUCAUUUGAAUAUUCAAACCUGCUGUGUGAGCUGAAGGAAAUUUGUGAAGGUUAGAUAAUGUAAGACCUAAGUUUUCUAUAAAAAACGGAAGAAGUUUAAUCACAUUAGGGGAAUUGCAUUUUCUUGGCGACGAGUGAACGUCUGUCAACGACGCCAAUUUUUACUGCCUGAAAAUUCUGUGCCAAUGCUGACUCAAUUUUAAUAAAUGAAGGGUAUACGUAUAUAUAUACAGUAUAUAUACACACAUAUGCUAACGAUGCUCUGACAGAAGCUGCAGCCAAAUCAGUUUGGACUCAUUUGUCCGAGAAAGCUUGCGACUUCCCCUUAAGUCAGAGUUUACACUCGUGUACUUAAGAUCACGUCUAACAAGAACAUGAUUUUAACUUGAUUAAAACGUGAUUAAAACUAAUUUUACAAGCAAAACCUGUUUUAAAAGAUUGUACAUCAAAAAACAAAAACAAUAACUAGCUCUUACUAUCAUAUAAAUAAUCGUAUGCUAAUACUUUUAUAAUGUAGCCUUUUGUGUUUCAUGUUCAAGUAAACAUUUAUAAUAAUUAAUCACAUAGCAUUUUUUUAUAUACUAUAGACUUUUGCUUCGCUGUUAGCUCGCUAGUUGAGACGUUCCAUUUGUAGUCAGAACUUGGAAAUUUCCGAGGUCAUACGUGGGAACGCCCCCACCAAUGGACUUAGAUAUCCAAUUCAGAGCAACCCGACUUAGGUGCCGUCCCUCCCAAUUCCCGACCUCCAAGUUCCGAUAUAAAUGGAAUGCAGUAAAACACGAAUGUGAUUCGUAGCAGAAUUUUGUUUUUAAUUAGUUAUAAAUUUGCUUCACUGUUGUUUACUUUGUGUUUAGAUAAUGUGUCAAAACUGACUGAUUGUGUUUGUGCCAGUUUGUUACCGUCCCCUCGGCCCAAAAGACAGUGGUUCCCAAACACUGGGGUGGGACCCACAAAUGGGUCGCGGGAGAUUUUGAAGAUUUAUGUGUAUACGUUUGAAAAAAUGUGAUGAUUAAUUUACCAUGUAUAUACAUACAUUUCACUCAGUCAAGUUUCCACUAUAAAUGAUCAUGUUUAAUGGUUUUAUACAGAUUUUAUUUGAGAGAGUAAUUUUAUAAAUUUUUUCGGUUCACAAUUUGUUUAUUUUAAACAUUUGACAUGAAGGACUGUGAAUAUUUUUCAAUCGUAUGACUUGAAUCAGCACCGGGAGCUGGGAGAUCAAACACCAUGGGCGACGCGUGUGUGUGUCCCAUGUGAUCUGCACACAAGUGGACUGAUGUUAGAAUUGGUCACUAGUGACCUCUUGUGGUCAGGGUUUCAGUUGGACACCACGGGAAAUACACGAGAAACAAGGACAUGCUACCAAGAAGCCUCUGCCAAAAUUUAACGUGGUGUUUUUGCACUUACAUGUAAGAAGAAGUGUUUCAGACCAAAUAUGUUUUUUUUUGGAAAUGUAGCAACGAUAUCAGCAACUCUAACUACAAUUUUAAUAUAUUGGUGUUGUUUUAUUGACUUUUUUGUAACUGUUUGUGCCGCAUUAGCUGCACGCUAAAUUUAAUCUGACGUCACUUAUGUAUCCAGGUAAUAAACAUAUAUACACACACGUUACCAAGUAGAAAUGUACACAGUGACCUUUGUUAAGUUAUUAAACUAAACCAGAACAAACUGAAGAACCUCAUAAUGUCAUUGUUAUUAUGAUGACAUGUACUAUUUAAGAGUGAAAAACUAUAAUAAAAGUAGAAUUUCUGCCUUUUUAUUUUCUCUUUUCUGUUCAUUUGUAUUUGUAAUAUGCAAGUUUAAGGUUAUUUUUUUUUUUUACUCAUAUUCAGUUUUUAAAUUACUGAAUUCGCAUUUUGACGAAUAAACAAACGUAUCAUCGGCGUAGAGCUUUACAUUUUGUGAUUCUAUGUGUACAAAAUCUGCUUAGAAAAUAGAUACAAUAGAUGUAUCAACAUAUUUGAAACUUAAUAAAGAUGAAAAUGA